UCUUUUCCGCUGAUUUUUAAAUCAACGUAAACAUGUGAAGUAAGACCGGUUUGUCAGCUUUUUAGACGGAUCAGUUGACGGGGCUUCCGAAUUAAAUUUAUUCUGCUGAACUGAAUCGGAAUGUAAUAGUUAACGUAAGAGAUGAUAUGAAUGAAGAUUACGGGUCUUUUUUUUUUAACUUAUAGGCUGAGGUUAAUUAAAGUAUUCAAAAUAUAUAAUAAAUGUAGUACAAAAUAUGAAGAGCGACACGCUUUUAAAUAUACAGACGGACACUCAGUGGUGGCUGGUAUUUGGAGUUUUAACUUUACUAGCUGUUGGGACAAGAUUGUAUAAAAUUGAGGAGCCAGAUCAUGUGUGUUGGGAUGAAACUCAUUUUGGAAAAAUGGGCAGCUGGUACAUAAAUCAUACAUUUUUCUUUGAUGUACAUCCGCCUCUUGGAAAGAUGCUGAUUGGCUUAUCUGGAAAACUAACUGGUUACAAUGGGACAUUUGCCUUUAACAAGCCAGGUGACAAAUAUGGUGAUCAUAAAUAUUUAGGAAUGAGAUUGUUUUGUGUAUUUCUGGGGAUCUGUAUCAUUCCUUUCUCUUUUUUAAUAGUCUGGGAGUUGACUAAUUCUUUAUCUGCCUCUUCCUUAGCUGCCUUUUUUAUAAUAUUUGAUGUUGGAAUGAUAACUCUCUCACAGUACAUUCUGCUUGAUCCAAUUUUGAUGUUUUUUAUAAUUGGAUCAGUUUUGGGCAUGGUGAAGAUAAAGUCUCAUCAUAACAGGCCUUUUAGUGUUAUGUGGUGGUUUUGGCUAUCGUGGACAGGAAUAUUCAUGGCUUGUUCAAUCAGUGUGAAAUUUGUUGGCCUUUUUGUUGUUCUUCUUGUGGGAAUUCAUACUUUGACAGAUCUAUGGAUUAUCUGGGGAAACUUGAAUAUUCCUAUAGUACAAGUUUUAAAACAUUUUGCUGCACGUGUACUUUGCCUUAUUUUGAUUCCUGCUGUUCUGUAUAUAACAUUUUUCUAUAUUCAUUUGAAGACUCUGUAUAAAAGUGGUUCUGGAGAUGGAUUUUUUAGUUCUGCUUUCCAGUCUCAACUUGAAGGCAAUUCAUUAUAUCAUGCUCAUAUGCCUAGAGAUGUAGCUUAUGGUGCAAUUGUGACUUUAAAAAAUCACAGAACCGGAGGUGGUUAUCUUCAUUCACAUUGGCAUCUCUAUCCAGAAGGGAUUGGAGCAAGACAACAGCAGGUUACAGCUUAUUCUCAUAAAGAUGAAAAUAAUAAGUGGUUGAUUAAGAAAUUUGAUUCUGAACCUGAUUCUUCAGCAGAAGCUCCAGUAGAACUUGUUAAAAAUGGAGAUCUCAUACGAUUAGAACAUGUAGUGACAAGACGAAAUUUACACAGCCAUAAAGAAGUAGCACCUAUUACUAAACGACAUCAGCAAGUAUCAUGCUAUGGUGAAAAUGGAACUGGAGAUGCCAAUGAUGUGUGGAGACUUGAAAUAGUUGGCAUAGAUGAAAGAGUAACAGUUGCUACUGUAACAAGUAAAUUUAGAAUUAUUCAUUAUUUAACUGGGUGUGCUCUGCAUUCUCACUCCAAGCAGCUACCUAAAUGGGGGUAUGAACAGAUGGAAGUCACAUGUAAUCCAAAUGUGAGAGAUUCUAACAACUUUUGGAAUAUAGAAGAUAACUAUUUCCCAAAAUUGCCUAAUGUCAGUUUUGAAGUAUAUGCACCAAGUUUUUUGGAAAGAUUCUUAGAAUCUCAUGCUGUUAUGUUUCAGGGAAAUUCUGGAUUGAAACCCAAAGAAGGAGAAGUAACUUCAAGACCAUGGCAGUGGCCUAUUAAUUUGAGAGGACAAUUUUUUUCCGGUCAGCAGCUUCGAAUUUAUUUAUUAGGAAAUCCUGUCAUAUGGUGGGGAAAUCUGCUAUUACUAGUAGUCUUCUUUAUUGUGAAACUCUGUCUUGCAGUUCAAAAAAAGCGUGGAUAUAACCAUAGCAAGCUUUUAACAGAUUUAAAUGAGAAGACAAUGGAUGCUUGUAUAUGGCUUUUCUUGGGUUGGGCUUUGCAUUACCUCCCAUUUUUUGCAAUGAGCAGGGUUUUAUAUUUCCAUCAUUAUUUUCCAGCUCUAAUUUUUAAUUCUAUGCUAUCAGCUGUCAUAGUGGAUUAUAUAUUGAAGGUAAUUUUUUAUGCUGUGCCAGAAGUCGUAGCAAAUACAUUUUACCAUAUUGCUUUUGGGACAAUAUUUUCAGUCUUAGUUUAUAGCUUCGUUAUAUUCAGUCCUUUGGCAUAUGGAUUGGACAACUCAACAACCGCAAAUGUUACCACCAGCAAAAUUAAAUGGUUGGAUUCUUGGGAAUUUUAACUGUAAAUUAUAUUAAAUAAAAUUUUUAUAUCAAAUCUAA